AGGACAACAACAAACCCGCUUCAGCAGCAGCAGACAAGUACGGCAAGGACAAGCUUCCGAUCUCCCGACUGACGAAGCAGGAGUACUACAAGCGCUUUGUGCCAACCGCCGUCGAAGGGUUUCCGACCUCCGAAGAAGCCACCGAGUAUCCUGUGCAAAAGUAUCGCACUCGUAUUGCAAUCAUGCAUUACAAAUCCUGUUCUUGAGGCAAAUUAGCAUUACAAAUUUUAUUUCUCAUGCUGAGGAAAUUUGAAUUUGUAAAGCAUAUGCAUUUAAUAUACGAGUACGAUACUUUUGCAGUUCAUACUGAGCCCCCGGAGCCGCAACUAGACGAAGGUGCGCCGGAGCUGAUCGCAAUUCGCGACGACGUGGAAAAACCGUUUCAUCCGAGAUUCGCACGGGCGUACCCUCAGGUAGCUGUUGCAGAAGAUGAACGACCGCGGAAGGAGGAGGAGGAACGAGGACAUCAAAAUGAAGACGGGAAAACCUCCACGAGUGGGGCGUUUCUGCAGCAGCAAAAACUGGAUCUGGAAGUAGGCCAGAAGAAGAGGACCACAUCGAAACCAGCGGCUUCAAAAAGAAAACCGCAUUUUGUGGGAAAUAACGUCGUUGACCCACGUACGAUUCUGAUCCGACGGGGAAAAAGAGACGGCUGAUGGAAAGGCCUUAUUUCGGUAGAGGACAACACCACGUAAUGUCGAUUUAUUACGUGUUCCAAGAAGUUUAAGAUUAAGUAAAAUUUUACGGUUAAUACAACAAGAUUUUUCCGAUAGAGAAUACAGAAUCAUCAUCAUGUGUAUGGAUACUACUCCAAAAAAAAACGGUUUCGAAUUGGUAUUGCAACAACGGUUUCAGUUUCAGCGCUGGUUCAUUAGGAUCGCGUUUUUUCAAGAACACACGCUAGGCGUUUUUUGAAAGCGGCCUGCUGAGCAAGGUAAACACGAGGGAAAGCCGAUUUUUUACACACACCACACAUAGAGACCAGCAUGGGCUUGAGGAAUGUCUUGUACCUAGAAAGAGAAUACAUAUUCAUCUCGACAUCAUCAAUGAAGAUUUGUUUAAAGUAAAAGUAUCCUGUGCUGGGAACGAAAAGUUCGAGCAUUUGCAUUUUUGUCUCGGCCUUGACUAGUAGAUGAUGUACCCGAGCCCGAGGACAACAAAGCAGGACGAGGUGGUCACUUCUGCGUAAUGUUCGAACCAAAUUAAA